CCGUGACCGCCCGUAUCCGGCGCCGGAGACCGUACCGUGGCGGGGUUUAUUCUUGGCCCUGUCGCAUUUUCCUCCCUCCAUAAUCCAUGCUCCUCCAUACCACAAUAUUAAUACGCAUCUCCAAAUGCCCCAUCAGUUCAUUGCGCCCUCCUGUCCCCAGACGCUACAUGCCCGGCCCGACUGGUGAUUGCCACUCAGCGAGGGAACCCUCGUUCUCGCUUGAGCACGCAUACCAUACCGUUCCGCCGCGGCCGCAAGCUGACUCUCUUUUUGAGUGAGCUUUAUCAGCAAUGGAACCCCGCCGUAACCCCCCAGAGUACUUCCUCGAAAUCUUCGCCGACACCAACUCUGUCAAGGAUGUGUUGAAAGGUGUCUUGAAUCUCAUUUUCUUCCAUCGCUACUUUCCCUCCAUCCGCCCCGGUUUCGUCGACGUCCUCGAUCUUACCCUCCCAACAGUAAGCGACGUGGAACUCGAGACGCUGAUCGAUUCGCGCGUGAAUGCGUUGGUACGCCAGCAUCUAUCGACGCCAUCCAACUCAUACAGUGGCGGAAAUGGGGUUAGGGGGAGGAUCGCCGUCGAGUUUUUUGAAAGGAAGCGGAAGAAGUCUGGUAUGUGGUUUGGUGGUCUGACCGGAAAGGGGGAGGAAGAGGUUUGUUGGGAGAUUUGGACUUUGGAUGUGACAAUCGCUACUCCUCGGACAGAGUCUGCAGAGAGAUCGAAAGUGCGCAAGGCGAUGGAGAAUAUGCUUCAGAAGGCUGCCUUGAAAAUUUUGACGAUUGUCAACAGAGACAAAGACCAUAUUCCGCCUAUUACGACAAGCGACUCUAAUCCGUUUCCAUACCGUAUUGUGCUCAAUCCGGGAACUGACGGUUGGGGCAAUCGCAUUGGAUUGUAUUAA